CUUCUAACAAUAGGUUGGUAUGGAAAGACGCGACUAUUUUGUUUGUUUAUGCACGUUGAUCUACACUAUUCAGCUUACCCACACUGCAUCUAAUCCCCGUCUGUUUUACUAGGGCCAACCUCUUCUGACUGGAGCUUUUCGGUUACUUUAGUGUGUUUUUUUGGUUGCGGGCUUCUCUUUCAAAAGCAAAACCAGCUCGUCGCUGCAAUAAUAUUUCCUUUUAUUUCUGCUUCCUGCUCUUUCCUCUUUUCUGUAUGUUACCUUUGUAAGAUCCCUGUCAAAUAUUUGGGUUUCAUUUGGAAAAUUCUGAGUCGUUUUUCCUGUUUGGAUGGAACUUUGCUCUCUUGUUCAGCCCGUUCACAUUAUGGCCCAUUACUGUGUUUUUAACCCACGCGCAAUGAGCCUGUUCUAGCUGUACACGAUCGUCCAAACACUUAUUAAGUCGUUCAGUGUAGGUGCGAUUCCAUUUUACCAGCGCUUGCUAAUUUAUCUCUUUUUUUCGAACUUAGGUAUGAGCCUCAACUCGCCGAUCUAGAACCGCAAUCGCCUCUUAGAAGUCAGGUAUUAGGUAUUCCUUACCUCUCUUACCUGUUUAGCUUCGCUUCUGCCGUUCUGUUACCUGUCUGGAUCACAAGUUUUCUGUUAUUCCCAGCAUUUCCCACCAUUCUGUGCCCUUGCCCAUCUUACCUCUGUAUGCAUUUGGUGUUUGUAGGCAAAAGUUCAGAAACUUACAAGGAUAAACACCCUGACAGGCUGAACUGUGAAAGAAUAUGCAAGGUUUUACUAAAAAAAAAACUCUUCUUUGCCCUAUUUGUUUAUUUGAAUCAACGAGAUGUUGUUGUUUACGCGUAAAAGCUCCACUAUUGACACUGAAUGCUUGUUAGAUCCAGUUAUAGGUUCGGUUGUAGUUCCAGAUUUACGCCAAGGAACGUUUCCAUUUCCUAUUCUUCUCCGUUUGCUUCAUAUAUGGAGAUGUGUGGAUUCUACUACAGGCCGACCUUUUCCUUGCAUGUGUACUUUAUGGGUCGAUAAAGAGGUUAGUUUUUGCUAAUUUGGCAUUUUCGUUUCAGUUAAAUGCUUUGUUUCGGUCCAGGGAAAUAUUAUAGAAGGAACAACAGGAACAGAACAUGUACAGUAUGCAGAACAAAAUUUCAAUAUAGGUGACAUACUACAAUUUGAAAAUCCAGUGAUCAUUCAAGCAAGGCCAAUUCGUUGUUCUUCCCCAUCUCCUGUUCGGCUGAAAAUUGAAAGUGACGCCCAGAAUACAACCUAAACUGCUCUUUUCCAACAGAGGGUUUUAGCAUCAUUGAAUUUGAAGAUUUGAAGCAUGCUUGGUCAAACAGAACAACUUUACCAGGUUUAUGGUUCAUGAUCAUAUAUGUAUAUUAUAUAUAGCAAAAAAUAAUCUUACAAAUUCUGGUGCAGAUCUUACAGGACGAAUACUCUCCAUCUCAAGACCCAUCCAACGACACAAUAAUCAAAUGGCAAUGCUUAUCAGACUACAAAAUACAAGAAAUGCAACUGUCGUUAUCAGCUAUGAGGGACCAUACUCUGAUUUGUUUACAUGGGCUGAAUCAAUGGAACUGUUAUGUCCAGUUGUGGUUACGUUGACGAGCAUAUCAGUAACUAAAGCAAAAACGAAAUCUUCUUUUAGCCUGAGAAGCACACCGGCUACUAGAAUUGUGUAUGGUUCGUACACAAAUAGAUGCAAAUAUAUCAUUGACAGGUUUUACCAAGACCAUUUUCCAGUUAUGGUUCUCCCUCUCCAAGCAAAACCUGAAACAGAAUAUCUAAGGCAGUCAAUACCUCCCCAGGUCAUGUUGACUAGGCUUGCCCGCUUGGUUGAAUGUGAUGACCUUGCUGUUUACAACCAGCGCGUCUUUUUGUUUCUCGCAAAGAUUGAUCAUGUCUUGCCAUAUGAAGAUAUCAUAGACUUCAGCAAAGACCCAUGUUUUGCCCAAUCGUCCGUUGUAUUGACAUGAGGGAAACAUGCGAUUUAGCUUUUGGGGAUGCAGCAGCACAGGCACUUUUCAAAAUCACCGCUGAAGACUUUUCUAAACUUGAUUGGCCUGCCAAGGAACAAAUCCUUGAAAGAGUACAGGGGGCACUUUUUAACUUCGAGAUCUAUGUUCGCAAUCCAGACAUAACCCACCAAAUGAUUGUUCGAACUCUCUGGAGUCCAUUGUGCACGACAAUUCCUAACACUGCGCUGUAGAAUACUUCUAUUGCUUAGGUGUUCACAGUACUAUCAACUUAUAUGGUUCCUAUUUUGAUGUUCCCCAAAUAACUCCUUUAUGUACCUAAUUAGGCACGUGAUAUUGCUUCCCUUGACCUUUUCCCAAAUGUACUUUCGAACUUGUAUCGAAUCUGCCUCUUUUAUUGUUAAUUUCCUUCCCAAUACUUGAACCAUUCCUUUAUUAAGUAACCAUGUUGACAAUGUUGAACAAUGCACCCGAAAAGGUGUUAACACGGUCCCUUAGAUCUACCUUCAAUACACCGUCUCACUUAUG